AUGGCAAGUCUCGGUGAAGAAAUGUGUUCAAUGGAAGAGCAAACUAGGUCACAUUCCGAUAUAAGGACAAUGGCCGACGAGUCUCCUAGUGCUCCGCGCAACGACGCAGUUCCCCUCAAUACGUCCGGAGUAUCACCGGAGAAAAUAAAGCGAACCCGAGUUGGUCUAACAGCGAGACAUAAACGGGAAAUUUGUCUGUAUAAACAAUUUAACCCUAAAGCAACCCAAGAGAAUCUUGUCCAAUUUUGUAAAGAUAGGUGGAAUUUACCAGCUGGGAGGACAACAUUGGGGGAAAUACUCCGCCAGAAGGACAAAUGGUUGAGUAUCACUCCGGACCAGGAGGAGAUGAGACGGAGCAGAGGUGGGCGACACAAUAAAUUGGAAGUGGAACUUUUUAAAUGGAUAUCGGCUCAAAGAAAAAUCGAUCAAUCGAACACUUUGUCGGACCAAACAAUCAUCGAUCAAGCCAAAAUUAUAGGUCAGGAACUAAAUAUUGACCCAUCGUUUUCGUAUUCCAAUGGCUGGUUAUUCAAAUUCAAGAAACGCCACGGAAUUAAAAGUAAGGGUACUACGGGACGGUUUCAGAUUUUAGAGAACUGUUACUCCUAUGAUGAACAUAAUCCUGGUGUAUCAUUUGACGGGAAAUUAUCGGAAUAUUCAGAUUCGGAACCAAAUUUUCAUGGUGGACCGAAUAUGUUUAGUAACGUUUUUGGUAACAGUUUAACCGGACCCUCAGUGGUGGAUCAAUCCCACGUUUAUUCUCCAUACACAUGCAAUUUGAACACAUAUGGAGAAAAAGAGACUGCUAAUGAUAUUCCUCGACCACACAACAUAUUUCCAUCAUCGGCUGAAAUGAUAAUUAAGGAAGAAUGCAUCACAGACGAUGAAAACAGUAACGAUUUUGAAGAUGCCGACGAAAGUAUAAACUCAGUUCAAACUAGUGUUACACAUUCACCAUUGCUACAAUUAGAGUGCGACAACGAGGCACACGCGACCUCAUCACGACAACUUGUUGUCAAAGAAAGAGACAAUACAGCUCAUCAAAGUCAGCGUCCGCGUUGUGCAAUUCUUCCAAUAUCGACGAAGCGAAUUAUUACGGCAUCUGAAGCGAAGCACGGCGCUCUUCUGUGCAUCCGUUACCUUGAACACCACCCCGAACUGGGGGAACACCUGGAUACAAUGUGGGAGAUACAUGACGAUAUAGAAGCACAUUAUGACCGGGAGAUGUCCAGCCAGAGAACUAUUACGGACUAUUUUCGUCGGAGCAGAAGACGGUCUGAUGUCGGACUCUGA